AUGCCUGAUUUCUUCCUCUAUAAACGGUUAUUCUCCUUUGUCGUCGCCUUACUGUGCUUCUCAAUCAUAGUUGUCUUCAUGGAAGAGUAUGCCGAAGACGAUAUCCAGUCGAAAUUCGUGUCUUCACUACCAGAAUCAAAAUUGUCGAAGGACAAACGGUCACGAGAAAACUGUUGGUUACAUGAACCGACAACUGUGAUCACACCAUGUGAAAAGUGUUCGGAAUUUGAAAUUCGAGCUUUAAAAACGAAACACUGUGUGGAAACUGGGUCCUUCAAACGUGUCAAUUGCACCGAAUCGGGCAAUGUUGUUCUUCUUCCUUGUGGCACGUCUUCCUCGUCGGCUCGUGUAAAUUUUCACAUCUUUUCAACUUGUAAUAUUAUUCUUAUGAUUGGAAGUUUUUUGUUGGCUAGACGACGUAUUGAAGAGGCUAACAGGCGUGCAUAUAUGCGAGUAGCACAAUUUUUCGAAUCAUCGCCUUAA